AGUAUAUGGUGCGCAUAUUUGUAGUCCAGUGCUGUUGCAGGAAUACGUCAAUAGGUAGCAGCUUUGUUACGCAGCAAACUUAAAAUCAAUUGUAGUCUUAUUGUUGAUUCAUUUCUUUGACUCAAACAAACUUUUGUGUAUUGGUUUGGGUGUGAAUGUGAAAUGAAAUGUAUGGAGUUGUUUAAUAGUCGCGUGACCAAUGUUGUUUCUCCUAAUGACCUAUUGUAGCAUAGCUAUGUAGCUUAGUGAACGUCUAAAAGGAUAUAGGUUUAGUGUAGUACUAGUCGUUCAUGAAAGUUUCUUAGCUGUGACUACACUAAAUGCAACGUGGAUUAAUUUGCUUGCCUAAAGUAACGGUUUGUCUAAGAAAAUGCUAAACUCCUCACCCGUAUUAGUAGAUCCUAAGUGAGAAUUAAAAACUUAAGCAUUCCGAACGGAUUUUCUGAAAAUUGUGAUCUCAGCGUUUGAAUUUUAAUGACACCUUGUAUUUGUGGUUAACUAGUUUUGUAAUGUGUUAGGUUUCACCGACAGCGUAUUUGUAGUGUAAACUUUGAAGUAAACCCGUUUUAAACAAUGGGUGUGAUAUCAUUUGCUUUGAUUUUCUUCAUGAUUGGCUUGAAAGGAAUGGGUCUUGCCAAAACACCACAGAUUGAGAUUAUACCAAAAUAUGUCAUGGUUAAAACUGGUGACCAAGUUACUGUACUGUGUCGGGCUGGUGAGCCCACUGAGUACUGCCGGAUCACCACACCGUUUCAAAAAGUUAUCAUCCUGGCUCCUACCAGACCUCCGAAAGAAGGGUACAGUUAUGCAGGCGAAGGCCUAGAGAAUGGCCAGUGUGGCUUCAGAAUUGAUAAUGUUCAGGACCAGAAUAAUGGGAUUCAUGGCUGUUACAUGGGCCUUUCUGAUGAGGCUUCAGCUAACAUGACCAUUGUUGUUGCACGACCUCCAAGUGGUUUGCCUGAUUUAAGUGUGGAAUUCAGCUCUGCAGGGAAUAUCAAAAGCUCUGGUGCCUUGCAAGAAAAUGAUGUUUUUAGAGCUUCUUGUGCAAUUCGUUACAGCCGACCUGCCGCCAACAUCACCUGGUUUUUGGAUGGCAUUCAGAUACUUGAAGGGCUCUCGUAUGUAGCACAGGAACCACCGCACUGCAAUGAAGAAGGAUCACUUUGUUCAGUGAUGCAGAAUUUAACUAGAAGUGUGUCUUGGAAGGAUAAUGGAAAACGACUAGCUUGUGUGAUGGAUCAUUUUGCUCUAGAAAUAGGAUCCCAGAACCAGACAAUUUAUCAGCUAAAUGUGCAGUAUAAGCCCCGUGAUGAUGAAACUUCAACAGAGCAAUUUGGUUUUGAGAUUGGCAAACCUGGAAUGAUUGUUAAGCAUGUUCAUGCCAACCCCCGACCCACUUUCCAGUGGAACAUAGGAGAAGGGUUGUGGCUAAAUGAAGGCGAGCAUUCUGGUCGCUUUAAAGCAGAUGAAGCUAUUAACAAUGGACAUGGUGCGUGGUAUGGAACUCUUCACAUUGAUUCUUUGACUGCGAGUGAUGUUGAAAAAGUAUUUCAACUCCGAACCACAAAUAGUGUUGGAUCUACUGAUUAUCAAGUUUCAAUUUCUACUAUGGAUGUACCAUCAGGUGGAACCCUUGGAGCUGGUGCGGUUGUGGGCAUCGUGGCAGCUAUUUUGAUAGUUCUGAUCAUUAUUUUCCUUGUAGUAUUCGCCAGAACAACAGGUCGCUGGUGUUUUUCAGGAACCAACAGUAAUCACUUAAUCAAACCUGAUGAAACAGCAUCUGGAAUUAAUCCUUACGAACCAAUAAAGAAGCCAAAAAUAAAUGUUGCUAACAUUUUCAUAAAGAAGAAAGACAAAGUUGCUGAUGAUUCAGAAGAGUUAAAGGGCAAGACUGUGAUGACUGACCAGACAUCACCGGAGAAGAAACAAGGACAUGAUGUAGUCUAUGCAGAACUUGAUUUACAGCAAGUAACAAAGCCACCAAUUGUGCGUAGCGCUGAUGAAAAGACUGAAUAUGCUGAAAUUAUUCAUACUAAGACUAAAAAGGACAGUGAAAAUAAAUCUUAAACCUGCUUUUUACCCAUUUUUAUUGUUAUAUACUGUGUUAAACAAUAAUGAUUGAUCCAAUUUUAAAGUAGGGUUUGCUGGUAUUGUACAUAAGUAUAAAAUUCAAAUGUAUGAAUGUAUAAUUGUGUAAAUUUCCAAGUAUGAUGUGGCACCUUUAUUGUUGAUAUUGUAACAUCGUACUGAGUUUUUAUGUAUUUUGUACGUUUUUGUUUACCAAUGAUAGGGUAAGAGCCAAAAUCAUUUUUUGUACAUAGUAUUAAGCUUUUACAGCUGUAUAUUUUGCCAGUGUUAUACUUAAAACAAGUAAAGGGGAAAUUAAAGUAAAAAAUAUACUGGUAUACUUAGUAAUAUUUUGGAAAAUUUUGAAUUAUGAAUGUAUCAUUGUGUAAAUUUUAAUUUAUAAUGUGGCAGCUAAAUUGUGGAGUGUAUAAUAUUGGUACUGAGUUUUUAUGUAUUCUAUAAGUUUUUGAACUGAAUAGAUCUUAGAAUUUGAAUGUGUAAAAUUUUAUGUGACUUGGCAGCUUUUUUGUAAACUAUAUUCUGUGUGCUUUACAGAGCAAAAUACAAAAUGUGAGUUUAAUGAAGACUAAUAUUAUCUUUACUUUAAAAGUAUCUGACACAUAUUAAUCUCAUAUAUAUAGAUAAGGCUAAUAUUUAAGUUUUACAUUUUGCCAGUGUUAUAUGUAACCAAGACAAGUGAAUAGAAGAAAUCUGGUUGACAAUUAUGGUGGGAUUUUUUUAAUUAUUGCUUUUUUUUUUAAUGAAUUUCAAACCUGAUAAUUCUAACCACUUACCACUUGUAAAGUAGAUUCUGGGUUAAACUACUGCAGUGUUACUUUUGUGUUAUCCCUGUUCAUUUAAAGUAAGAUAUAAAGAAACUGUUAAAAAGUUAUGCAGUUAAGUCAAGUAAUGCCAUUUUCUUUGACUAUAUUCCUUUGUACUUACUGAAUCACAUAUAUACAAGCCAUGUCUGUUUAUAAAAAAAAUAAAAGUAAAACAUUAAA